AUGUUAUCUCGACCAAGUAAUCACCAGCGGUCCCAUUCGGCUGGGAAGCGUUCACGAUCGCCCGCGAGAUUUCUCACGAAGAUGAGGUCUGCCAAUGCCCUCUCAGACUUUAAUAGAAGCGGCCGGAGACUUUCACCAGCUGGGUUGGAAGAUCUGCAAGAAAGUGAUUUUAACACCUUGAGAGACCCGCGAAUGGCAAGUACAUCCGAUCUGACUGGCACGUCUGACUCGUCCCAUCACCCCGAUCUGAGUAGCGAGGUGGCUACCCUAAGUGCGAAACUAGUUCAAGCGAUCAAUAAUCAGACGAGCCUGGAUGACUCAUUAUCAGCUACCCGACAAGAAUUGGAGGCGGCACAGGAGAGGUUGUUGGAGUUGGAAUCUGAGAAUGAGAAAUACCGAACAGACAUUGCCAGCGGAGUCAUGGUUAAACGAAGUGACAUCGAAGCGGAAAUCUUAUCCAUGAAAAACGCCCUUGAUGAAGAACGUGCAAAGCGAUCGGUGGCUGAAAAGGAGAAGAGAGAAAUGGAGCAGGAAUUGGAGACUUUGACAGCCGCUCUUUUUGAAGAAGCCAACAAGAUGGUUGCUGCUGCAAAGCAAGAACGGGAAGCCGUCGAGAAGAAAAAUGAGCAACUUCGUGCUCAGAUCAAGGAUACUGAAGCUCUAGUCGCUUCUCAAGAGGAACAACUCGCGGAAUUGAAGACCGUCAUGCAAGAGAUGCAAUCUACCCGUGACGAAAACGAUACCACGCCCAAUCCAUCAACAGCCCCGACAUCACCGGCAGUAGCGAUGCAAACUGUAGGCCGCUUUCUGGAUGCCUCGAAUACAGCUCCCGGCACCCCUGUGCUUCCUGAAAUCAUACCUGCACCUUCGACAUCCUUCACCCAUUUAAUCAAACCGGUCUAUCGGACCGAUAUGGUUGCAUAUGAAGAUUUUCGUGAGCUUUUAGAUUUCGCAAAUGCCUCCAAACCACCUAGUCGAGUUCCUAGUGGCUCGUAUGGCGGCUUGAACGUCAUGGGACUCGCUGGCUUGACUUCCAGCAGUAGUUCGAACUCGACGUCUGGCUCUCCGGGUAAUAACCAAUCUCACACUCCCGCUGGGAGUCCCCAAACAGCCGUUCCUCAUACUCCUUUGAAGGACACACGGUUCUAUAAACGAGUUCUUGUUGAAGAUUUUGAACCCACGCUUCGCUUAGACUCUGCUCCGUCUAUUUCUUGGUUGACACGUAGAUCAGUGUUCAGCAGUCUCUGUGAUGGAACAUUGAUCGUGGAGCCCAUGCCUGCAAGCCAUCGCAAGUAUCAGUUUCCCUGUGGUCUCUGUGGCGAGCGUCGAUUAGGCGACGUCAACGAACGUACUCAUCGCUUCCGGACAUCUGAGAGCGAAAGUGCCCAACGAUACUCUUUAUGUGUUCUUUGUCUUGAAAAGGUUCGCGCUUGCUGCGAGUUUGCCGGAUAUCUCAGAAUGAUUCUUGAUGGUCAUGUGCAUGUUGCGGAUGUUGAGGAAGAAAAAGAAGCAUGGGAAGAGACUAUUCGGUUACGAGAAAGGAUUUUCUGGUCGCGAUUCGGUGGCGGUGUUGUUCCGUCCUUUGCUCCUACCGAAUAUUCAGAGAAGGCAUUGCUUGUACCGGUCCCAGCUGCCGAGAUAGAGGCUAAAAUCGACGAAUCUGCAUCAGAAGCAAAGAGCCCGCUGGACUCUACAGCAGAUAUGGCUGAUGAAGGACUCGAGAAAACACCCCCUGCCUUACCACCAAGAAAUGGCGAACAUGUAGCGGACUCGCUAGAAUCUGACGUCAAGGAGACCUUAACCGUUGAUACAGUGGUUCAAGCUGAUGAAAAGGUCGAAAACGUCGAGGAUAUCUCAAAUGAUACUGACGAUAACGAAGCUGGAGAACAACUACGUACCGACUUGGAGACAACCCCUCCCGACGCAUCGCAUUCCACUGAGAAUUCCGAGCCUCUCUCGCCGAAGACUGAGUCCACGACUCCGCAUACCAACAAUCACGACUUAGAAAAUAUUCCAUCUGGGGAUGCAAAAGCCAUGCCGGGUGCUUUUAACUAAUUUAUAUCCCUACGACUACAUGCUAUUUUACCCGAGUCCUCCCUAGCUUGUGGUUUAUCCCCUUCCUGAUAUUCUAUAUCCCUAUCACAUUGCAUCCUCCACCCCCUUCAAUUACCGCUGGUUCGGGCAUUGCAUAGCAUUUGGAGACGAUUUUUAUACACGUUCACCCUCGUCAACAUCAUCAUCAUAUCAAGUACGUACUCUACGUACUUUUAACUGUAUCAUUAAUGUAAUAGCUAUUAUUUCUUAUACAUACCCUGUUCCUCGUCUUUUGGUUUACUUUACUUAUUACAUACUUCUCUUCGUCCCCUUUAUUUCCAGUUUUGCAUACAUUUAUUUAUAAACUUAUUACUUCUGAUUCAUUUGAACGUUAUCGCAUUUCUUCCUAUUCUUUACUUAUAUGCUUUUGAAAUUUUUUGGAUGACUGACAUCUUAGAGGUUUAUCUGAUGCCAUGUUUGUUCUUUUUUUUUUCAUUGUUCCUGUCUGUCAUCGGGCUUUUCCGCCUUGUUCCUGAAUUUUGCGAGCUUUCCAGGG